CCAAACCAUGAAAUCUUGGCUUCUAUUGCUUGGAACAAUAGGUUGGGUAACCGCUGGAGAUGUUCUUUUCAUUCCAAGUACAUUAUAUCCAGUCCAUGCCCAGACAAUGUCAGUUCUUGCAAGAGAGUUGGCUGAACGAGGACACAAAGUGACAUGGCUGGAAAUUGGCCCAGAAAGGUCCGACAUCGUACUUCAUCAGCAAGUAUCUCGCGAAUUCUGGCCUGCACAAUUUGGAGAUCGAACUCUCCAGGAAAUUUAUCAAUUCAAAAAUCAUACGUCACAUUCCGAGCUUUGGAAUCCACAAUAUACAAAUGAAAAUGAGCAAACUACUGGCUGGCUGGCAUCAAUUCGUCUCUGUGAUUCGGUUUUGUCUCGGAGCAAGAGUAAAUUCGAUAAAAUGGUUGAGAAACAAUUUUCUACCGUAAUCGUUGACGACUUAUAUAAUUCAUGUGGAGUUUUGAUGGCAGGAUUGAAAAAAUCCGUCUACAUCUAUUGGUCCAUGACUGGUCUCCGCACCGAAUCCGCGUGGGCCAACCAGUCUCCAUCUCCUCCAAGUUAUCUCCCAGUUGCCGGCACUGGACUCACUGAUGAUUUAACUUUCUCGCAACGUCUUUACAACGUGGCAUCCUAUUUCAAACAACUGUAUAUUCAUCAACAUAUUGUGCAACCAAGAAUUGAUGCAGUUUUCCAGAAAUACUACCCAGGAGUCGAGUCUACUUUCGAAAUUGAGCGCAACGCAUCUAUAAACUUCGUGAAUACCCCUCCUAUUUUUGACUUCUCAAGACCAUACAUGCCACGUGUAAAUUUCAUCGGAGCCAUCCAAUGCAGAAAACCAAAAGAACUUCCGAAGGAGUUUACCUCUUGGAUCUCAGCCUAUCCUGACGGUUUCGUUGUGCUCUCCACUGGGUUCACUGUUCAAUGGAACAAAUCUCCGGAGCACAUUCGUCAAGCCUAUCUGGAUACCUUCAAGUAUCUUCCAAAUCUCUUGUUCAUUUGGCAAACUGGUCUACCAAAUUCUUCAAACUUGCCAUCAAAUCUACUCGUCAAGCCAUGGCUUCCACUUCAAGACCUACUAGGUCAUCAAAAGUGCCGAUGCCACGUGUCACAUGGAGGAUUGAACAGUGUCAUUGAAUCAGUUUAUCACGGAGUUCCAGUUGUUGGAGUACCAUUGACUUCUCGUGGUUAUGAUAAUUUACUGAGAAUCACUGCACGAGAUAGUGGAGUCAUGGUGGAGAAAUCGGAGUUCAGUGGGGAAAUAUUGACUGCCGCUAUUAAUGAAGUGAUUGAAAAUGAGAAAUACAAGAAGGAAAUGUUAAUCUUCCAAGAUAUGGUCAUCGAUGUUCCAUACACUGAACUUUAUCACGCUGCGUUUUGGGUUGAAUUCAUCGAACGGCACCAGGAAGUUCCACACGCUAGAAGUGGAGCAGAUCAUUUGAAUUUUCUUCAAUAUUUCCUCGUUGAUGUCAUUGCCUUCUUCUUCUUUGUCAUUUUCUGUACUCUUUCAAUUAUUUAUUACACAAUUCGGACAGUUUUCCGAACGAUUCGUUCAGUGGUGAACGGAGUUCGGGGAGUUCCUAAAAUUGUUUCAAGGGGAAAGAAAAACAAUUGAUUCAUGCAUUCAUUCAUUUCGUUUUAAUUAGGAUUUCUAGGCAUUUCUAUGGCGACCUACGGGUUUUUUUCCAAAAUUUGAUAAACUCUGUGAUAAAUACAUAAUUGCUG